UGCGUCCUCCUGGAAAAGGUGCUCUGGGGGACGACCGAGGUGCCGGAUGUGAAGUAGAAAGGGAGCGUGGACGACUCAGAGCCCGAGGUGAACCACCGGGAGAUGCGCCUGGAGUUCCCCCGGAGCCCUCUGCGUUUCUGAGCGGCGGGUGGAAUCGGGGUCCUUUGGCGUAAACCGCGCUCGCUUGAUGAAAAUCGACAUCGGCCCUGCUCCCCUCAGCGGACAAUUCGUACCUACCAGGAGUGUCUCCGACUGUUGGCAUCCCUCCUUGUUCUUUAAGCUACAAAAAGCAGCAGCUGAGUUUAUUUGAAGUCUGCCCUGUCAAGUGUCCAUGAUGCUGGGCCCUGAGGGAGGUGAAGGCUUUGUGGUCAAGCUCCGUGGCCUGCCCUGGUCCUGCUCUAUUGAGGAUGUGCAGAAUUUCCUCUCCGGCUGCAUAAUUCAUGAUGGGUCCGCAGGCAUUCAUUUCAUCUACACUAGAGAAGGCAGGCAGAGUGGUGAGGCUUUUGUUGAACUUGAAUCCGAAGAUGACGUGAAAAUGGCCCUUAAAAAGGACAGGGAAAGCAUGGGACACCGGUACAUUGAGGUGUUCAAGUCCCACAGAACCGAGAUGGAUUGGGUGUUGAAGCACAGUGGUCCAAACAGUGCUGACACUGCUAAUGAUGGCUUCGUGCGGCUUCGAGGACUCCCAUUUGGAUGCACCAAGGAGGAAAUUGUUCAGUUCUUCUCAGGGUUGGAAAUCGUGCCAAAUGGGAUCACAUUGCCUGUGGACCCUGAGGGCAAGAUUACAGGGGAAGCCUUUGUGCAGUUUGCCUCACAGGAGUUAGCUGAGAAGGCUCUAGGAAAGCACAAGGAGAGAAUAGGGCACAGGUAUAUUGAAGUGUUUAAGAGCAGUCAGGAAGAAGUUAGGACAUAUUCGGAUCCCCCUCUGAAGUUUAUGUCUGUACAGCGGCCAGGGCCCUAUGACCGUCCAGGUACAGCCAGGAGAUAUAUUGGCAUUGUCAAGCAGGCAGGCUUGGAGAGGAUGAGGUCUGGUGCUUAUAGUGCAGGCUAUGGGGGCUAUGAGGAGUAUAGUGGUCUCAGCGAUGGCUACGGCUUUACCGCUGACAUGUUUGGAAGAGACCUCAGUUACUGUCUCUCGGGGGUGUAUGACCACAGAUAUGGAGAUGGCGAGUUCACUGUCCAGAGUACCACUGGACACUGUGUCCAUAUGAGAGGGCUGCCGUACAAAGCUACAGAGAAUGACAUUUACAACUUCUUCUCUCCUCUCAACCCUGUAAGAGUCCAUAUUGAGAUUGGCCCUGAUGGAAGAGUGACGGGCGAAGCUGAUGUUGAGUUUGCCACUCAUGAAGAAGCUGUGGCAGCUAUGUCCAAAGACAGGGCCAACAUGCAGCAUAGAUACAUAGAACUUUUCUUGAAUUCCACAACAGGGGCUAGCAAUGGGGCAUAUAGCAGCCAGAUGAUGCAAGGCAUGGGGGUGUCAGCCCAGUCCACUUACAGUGGCCUUGAGAGCCCAUCUGUGAGUGGCUGUUACGGAGCUACUAGCUACAGUGGCCAGAACAGCAUGACUGGAUAUGACUAAUUUUAUAUUUUAUAAAGCAUUUGAGUUAUAAUUUUUCAUAGGCAACCAACAACCAGUGAAAAGCAGUUAUUACUCUAGAAGAAGCUGUGGGGACCCAUUUUGCACCAUGAGUUUGUGAAAUCUGGAUUAAAAAGUUACCUCUUCAGUGUUUUCUCAUACAAACUUUCUUCUGGCAUGUGAUAUUGAGUAAACUAAAACUGUUUUCAGUU